ACGGUUUGAAAACGUCUGUUUGUUUGCAUUAUUUUAAAUUUUGUAAACUACGAUAUUUAAAAAUAUAAAUUUUGGUCAUAUUUUAUGCUGUUGCUGAUAAAAAAUGGAAAAUUCGAUUAAUGAACACGAAGUACAACAAUCUAUACGGUCGCCACCUCGACGGAGACGUUCAACGUUUUUUGAGAGGCGAGAUUCUUUGGGACCGCAAUUAUUAUCAGGAAGGACAGAGGAAAACGUGACUAAAACAGAUGCAGAUAUCAACGAGAAUCAUAAACAAGAACUCCAAAGUUAUUAUGAACAACUUUUGUCGGAAAAAGAGCAGUGGAAAAAAGAAGUUAAUAACAGGAAAAAUAGAUAUCAUGACCUGAGACUGCAGUACCAAUUAGCAGUAAAAGCAUCAAGUAAGGCAAAGAUAUGUUAUUCUGCAUUAACAAAUGAAGAUAUAGAAUUUUUAAAAGGCAAAGUUAAUAUAACUAAACUGGUUGACAGUCAAACAAAGCUGCACAAAUCUGUUAGAGAAUCACAUGCAUUAUUUAAAAGGGCUGCUGAACUAGAUAAUGUUAUAUUGAGUCAUUGUGAAAACAGAAUUAAGCAAAUUAAUGAAUAUAUCCUUGAUAAUAGUUCUAUAGAACCAAAGACGUGAAAGUGAUCAAAUUUACAGAUAAUAAACAAAAGAAGAAAUAAAUAUGGUCCAACAAAAUGUAAAUGAUUUAUGAAAUGGGAUGCCAUUUAUU